AUGUCUGCCGUUUAUUGCGGAACCAAGAGAUCGUUCUUCGAAGAUAUUCCUUCUCCGCCGUCAUCAAAGAGGUUCCGAUGUUACUCCCCAUCCAAUUCUACAAGCUGGUCCUCUCCAUCCUCAUCGCUCGAUCAGCUUCGCACUGCCUUUCCUCACCUUGAACUGACGGUGCUUGUCAAGGCACUAGAAGAACAUGGGAGUGAUUUAAAUGCUGCUAUGAAAAGCUUAUACUCUUUGGUAUCCGCUGUGGACAAGGAAGCUGAAGUUUUGCCAGCAGGAGGUGCUAAUAAGGAAACUGGUUCAACUUUUACGGCAUCAGACAAUCCCCCGACGAGUGGUGAUGGCUGGGUUGAAUUGUUGGUCCGGGAGGUGUCACAAUCUAGUGGUGCAGAUGAUGCAAAAGUCCGUGCCUCAAGAGUCCUUGAGGCUUUAGAGAAGAUGUUAAGUGCGCGUGCUCGUGAAGAAGCAGGAAAAAAGUUCCAAGAGGAGCAUGUAGCAGUGCAGCAGCAACUGGAGGCAUUGACCAAGGACAACACAGUCCUCAAACGAGCUGUUGCUAUCCAGCAUGAGCGGCAGAAGGCACUGGAGGAUGCGAACCAGCAGCUGGAACUUUUGAAACACCUGAUUCCUCAGUACCAGGAAAAGCUCAGAACUCUCGAGGUGAACAACUAUGCAUUGAAAAUGCACCUGCAGCAAGUGGAACAUGGCAACUCAAUGCCGGAAAGAUUCAAUCCGGACGUCUUCUAA